GAGGAAGAUAUUGACUGGGAUGCCGCAUGCUCCUUGAAAGCAUUACAAGCAGAAACCGACUGCGAAACUUCUACUCUUCCCCUGACUGAUACGACGGCGGCAGGCAGUUCUGAACUUCUGACUGUGACUCCCUUUUUACGACCACCAUUUCCGGGCCCUGCCAACGACAAUGGCCAAGUCCCAGGUGUCUCCUCACUGACUGUCCUGCGAACGUGCUUCCGUGUUGGUGAGAUGAUUAGCCAGACUGCUAAGUGUCAUUCACAACAACAAGAUGUUGUUUUUGAGCUCUACGCGCGAGUAAAGCAAUCAGAAAGAGAGAACUUGACACGAAAACAACACUUUCUACUUAUAGAUUUGUUCAAAGCUACGCCUCCAUAUCCACAUGCGGCUCUCACAGGCUGGAGAAAUGGCGGCCUUUUUGAGAGGCAGGCGGGGCAGUUCUUGGGUGUCUGCGGUGAGCCCAAGCUUUACUGGUGCUUGUGCAAACCUGUCAAAGAUCCGAGGGCAGCCAUUGGCUGGACCUACGCUAUCCUAAGUAUCAAACCCAUCAGUUGGGAGCAUGUCCAGCAUGCAAGAGACGACCUUUUCAAAGCACGUGGAAUGUCUUAUGCGACAUGACCGACGUAGGCGGCUAUCCUUGAGACAGGACUAUGGCAGACCAGGGGAGAUAUGGCACGGCAGUGGAAAAACAUAAAAUCAACAUCCUUUGUUGAUGCUGAAUCAAUCCGGCUAUCUCUAUCAGGGCCAUACUUCGCUGUACG